CAAUCACAAAGAGGACAAGGCGGAGCUCGGCGGCACCUUACAGUACAUGGCCGUCAAAUAAUUAAAAAAAAGCAGCCAAAAGUUUUCAUCCGGCUAAACACUUAGGAUGAAUGGAACAAGCUACGCCAACUUUGACAACCAAGAGCACGUCUUGAAAUUAGGGGAGACGUUCGAGAAGCACCCCAAAAGUGCCUACCACACCGUGAGAUAUGAUUUCAAACCAGCUUCGAUUGACACAGCCCGUGAAGGAGAUCUGGAAGUGGGAAAAGGAGAGCAAGUCACCAUAACUUUACCAAAUUUAGAGGGCUCCAGCGCCCCAGUGACUGUUUUCAAGGGAUCCAAGCGCUCAUACAUGAAGGAGUGCAUCCUCAUUGUCAACCAUGACACCGGCGAGUAUCGACUAGAGAAGCUCAGUAGCAACAUUGCGGUCAAGAAAACCAGAGCUGAGGGCAGCAGUAAGAUUCAUUCCCGCUUGGAGCAGCAGCAGACGGGUCGUCUCGGCCAGCAGUUGAAGAACAGCAGCAGUGGUAGCGCAAGUGGAAGCAAGAGUUCAGCAGGAUCUAAAAGUUCUCCGCCAAAAGAAAAGACGGCGCCCGCGUCGCCGCUGGAUGAUAUUGAGAAAGAGCUCAUGGCGGAGGCAAGAGUAAUGGACCAGAUGAGUAGCGCCAGUUCCUCCAACAGUUCUUCAUCCUCCAGCAGCGACGACAGCUCUAGCAGCAGCGACUCUGAGGAUGAGCGCGGCGGUAGCGCCGGCGCUCCCCCUGCUGCGCCCAUGGCUCAGAACAACCACAGCAUGCCUGUCCUCACCAGCAGCAGCUGCCAGCAGCCAGGAGGAGGGGGUGGCGCAGGAGGAGGACUCAUGAACACGCUCAAAAACGACCUACAAUUAAGCGAAUCUGGCAGCGAAAGCGACUGACCCGUCGCCAGUCACUACGUCCGCUCACUUCCAUUUCCUUCCUUCCGUCAUCGCUUCUUUUUGUUUGUAAUGCAAGUGGCAGCGUGUUCGGGAAUCCUGGGAAACGCCAGUGUUUUUUAAAACAUGUCUACCAAUCAAGUCUUAAAAGUGCCUAUCGAGGUGCUUCACAUUUCAGCUCGGCAUUAUGGGUAAUUUUACGAUGUGCCUUAUGUGGAUCACAUACAUAAACUUUUAUUUUUUGUGCAAACU